AUACCUCGCAAAUCGGUAUCAGGAACGGCAAGCUUUUGAUUAGAGAGUGAGAGGCAGGUGGGCAUACAUUAUUCAAGAUGCCGCCACGCACGCCGAUACCCAUUGUGACCGUCGAUGUCAAGAAGAAGGCCGAGGAUCAGACCACGACAAGCCUGCACAACAGAUGGCAUCCUGAUAUUCCACCUGUGGGCACUGUCAAGGAAGGAGACCUGUUUCGUGUGGAGACUGUGGAAUGGACUGGUGGCCAGAUCAGGGACGACGACUCAGCAGAGGAUGUGAAGACCGUCGAUCUGACGAAGGUGCACAAUCUGAGCGGGCCUGUAGCCGUGACAGAUGCCAGUGGCGAGCCAGCCCAUCCUGGGGACCUGCUGAUGGUGGAGAUCUGCAAUCUGGGCCCUUUGCCUGGCGAUGAGUGGGGCUUCACAGGCACCUUUGACCGCGAGAACGGAGGUGGCUUCCUGACAGACCACUUCCCGUCCGCGACCAAGGCCAUCUGGCACUUUGACGGCAUCUACUGCUCUUCCCGCCACAUCCCCGGUGUCAGAUUCCCCGGCAUCAUCCACCCCGGGCUGAUCGGGACGGCGCCGUCAAAGGAGCUGCUGGACAUCUGGAACAAGCGAGAGGGUGAGCUGGUGGCCAACGGCCCCGACGCGCUCACUCUGGGCGGCGUGCUGCACACUCGGCCGCUGGCGCUGCUGCCGGAGCCCAAGGGCGCUCUGCUGGGCAAGGUCCCCAAGGGCUCCGCCGACUGGGACCGCGUCGCCUCAGAGGCCGCGCGCACAAUCCCCGGGCGCGAGAACGGAGGUAACUGCGACAUCAAGAACUUGUCGCGGGGCUGCCGCGUGUACUUCCCGGUGUUUGUGGAGGGCGCCAACCUGAGCAUGGGCGACAUGCACUUCUCCCAGGGCGACGGCGAAGUCUCCUUCUGCGGCGCCAUAGAGAUGAGCGGCUUUCUGGAGCUCAGGUGUGAGAUCCUGCGCGGUGGCAUGGACCAGUACUUGACCCCCAUGGGCCCCACCAAGCUGCACGUGAACCCCAUCUUUGAGAUCGGCCCUCUGGAGCCGCGCUUCUCAGAGUGGCUGGUGUUUGAGGGCCUGUCCGUGGACGAGACGGGCAAGCAGCACUACCUGGACGCCACUGUGGCCUUCAAGCGCGCUGUGCUCAACUGCAUUGACUACCUCUCCAAGUUUGGCUACACCAAGGAGCAGGUGUACCUGCUGCUGUCCUGCUGCCCCUGUGAGGGCCGGCUGUCCGGCAUUGUGGAUGUACCCAACGCCUGUGCCACACUGGCCAUCCCCAUCGCCAUCUUUGACCAAGAUAUCAGGCCAAAGAAGGGAGGCCCGCCGGUCGGCCCCAGGCUGAUCAAGCGGGGAGAUGUUCCCAAGGUGCCCUACGAAGGGAGCCUGCCCAUCGCUAUCAACCCCUGCUGCCAUGGCCACUGAUGGGCUGCUAGGGUUGGGGCCUUCAUAGCUAUUUCAUGCAGUGCUCCAGCUGCCUGUACAGGGUCACUGUGCUACAAUCGACGUUCAUGUUGUGCUUCUGCUGAUGAGAAGGAGCACCCUUGUAUGUAUCUACCAAUACAUGACUUGGAAGACUGACGCAGCUCUAGCGCUACAUGUUCAUUUUGGGCUGAGGUCUGACACAUGAUCAUGUGUCAUGAUAUGAAAGCGACUCCAGAAUUUGAAUAGUAGUAAGCUCAGAAUUAGAAACGUGAUAGGUAUCACACAAGUGAACGCAAAUGGCUGUAGUAAGAAGUUCCUUUACAAAGCUGCCAUAAUAUCCCGUCUCAUGAU